AUGGUUAGUUUUCUUGAUCUUCCAAUACAUACAUCUCUACACCGUGACAGCAAAACACUCUUGAUUAAUAAUGGAGACAAGAAUCACAAGUCAGCGUCGUCCUCAUCAGGCAAUGGCAUAGCAGCGGCUUGGUCCAUCUCAGCCUGCCAACCACAAGAAUGGCUUCUCGAAGUUGUAGUUGGACUUGGCGGAAAUGUCAAAGUAUUGCAAGUUCUUCUUUCUGUGGAAAGUGAUGGUCUUGGCCUUGACUUUUCUUUCCUUGACAUCGACUUUGUUACCACACAAGACAAUUGGGAUGUUUUCACACACUCUGACCAAGUCUCUGUGCCAGUUAGGAACGUUCUUGUAGGUGAUUCUGGAGGUGACGUCGAACAUGAUGAUACCACAUUGACCGUUGAUGUAGUAACCGUCUCUCAAUCCACCGAAUUUUUCUUGUCCAGCAGUGUCCCAGACGUCGAACUUGAUCUCACCGAAGUUGGUGUAGAACGACAUUGGGUGGACCUCAACACCGGAGGUGGCCAUGUAUUUUUUCUCAAACUCUCCAGUCAAGUGUCUCUUGACGAAAGUGGUCUAAAUGUUAGUUGUUUGUGA